AUGCAGGCUCUAAAUUUGGGCGUUGGAGACAGUGUGCCCGUAAUUACUGCCCGCUUUGAAAAUGGAGAGACAAACAGUGCAGCUCUCCAGCAGUAUCCGGACAAGAUGGUGUCAUCAGGUGUGCAGUCCCGUCGCGGCCUCGUGCAUAAAAGCUCUCGCGGGCGCAGUGGCGCGGCCUUCUUGGCAUCUGCUGCAGCGCUUGUUGUGCUAAUCUUCUUGUGUACGCGAGGUCUGAAGAAGUUGAAUCAAAUGCCUGCUUAUGGUCGGCAGUUGUCGGGGAUUGACAACUUCAGGUUGGAUGUCAAACGCCGAUGGUGCAAUGAAUUCCCAGAAAAUGCAAAUAUUUCGUCUGGUGACAUGAAGGCGGGGGUGGUUAUCAAGUUCAAGCCUCGUGCCAAACGUGCACGUGUUGAGACGGAGUCUGAUGAUAGUGGCGAGCUGUCCAGUGUUGACACAGGUGUGCAACAGACGGCACGGGCCUCAUCGGAGGGGGCUAUUGGACCAACUGUCGCAACUGCACAGCGUCAACCACUGUCUCUCCUCAGUGGUUCUAAGGGUGGAGCUGGGCGGUUGAGUGCGUACGAACUUCAAGCGGCUGCUGCACUUCAAGAACUGUGGAAGAGGAAUCGUUUCACGGUUGAUGCCGGUCAGCAGCCUAAACAACAGGUUGAGGAGAAGGCCCAGCCUUCAACGAGUGCGGCAGCACAGGGGGAAGGCAGUGAGAAAAAGGUCUCAUUACUACAUUCAAUUGUCGCACGCAAACCACUUUUGGAGCUUGAUGCACUUACUGGUGCUUAUAUAGAUAUACGCUUUCACCCCUUUUGCCAUUUGCCAUUUGUGGACCCCAGCCAAAUCGCCAGGACUUUGUUGCCGGAGUCCGCCCUUACGCCAUCGUACACAGUAGAUAGACCCCUACCACUCAUGUUGAGGGCAUACGACCUCUUUAGCAGAGCAUUCCUGCCCAAGAAUGAAUUGGAGGUGGCAACAUAUAUUGCAGAACGGCUAGCAGCGUACGCAAUACAUUUCCAAACAAGUCAACUGUCUGGUCGUCCAUCGUCUCGGGCAAUCCAGAUGCUAGGUAUCCGUUUUCUGAUAUUUGAUGUCAUUGUUUCAGUUCUAGAGUUACUGGGUCAGCGAGCAGAAGGGCUUUGGUGGGAAAAGCUUUCUAGGUCCGUACCUCACGAGUAUAUCCCGACACUCGUAAAUGCUCAUUUGAGUAGAAAGACCAAAACACUCAACAUUUACCUUCAGAAGCUCAGCGCGGCUUUGAAGACUUUCAAGUCAGGAAAACGCCCUUCAUGUACAGUGCUCAUCACCCUUAAGCAAUUCUUGAUUUGUUCGCCCUAUGCUCCUGCCUACUUCAAAAGUAAAGAGUUCAAUCCAUGGAGACACGCGAACGAAAGUUUCACUGUUGCUCGAAAAGGAGUCAUCAUAGGAUAG